AUGCCUACAGGUAGUAGCAAUAGCACUGAUCAUUCAGCUAAAACCGAUCGGCAAGGAUUUGAACUGGCAGAAUACCGCUUUGGUCCCUUGCUUCACCCAACCCCCGCUACAAAGAGCGCAUGGACCAACUAUUCCAUCAAUCGCCUCCAAACCAUGAAAAAAUACCGCGCAGUUCUCCCUGUGUCACGCAAGGACCCUGAGGAUGGGUCUGAGGAAGAUGACGAUGACGGGUGGGAUUCCGAAAUCGAGGAUUGGCUUGGCGACUCUGUCAAAGCUUGCGUUUCCCGGAUUGAAAAGGAGAUGAACUUGGAGGUGGGCACCCUCCAGAAAUGUAUCGUUAUUUUAUGGGACUGCACGGACCUUUACGAUUCGCAGCCACGCACUACUGAUAACAUUGUCCGGAUAUACUCGCCCACUACGCCAAUGUACAUUGAUGUGCAUUUUCGCUACCACUGCCGCUCGCGUUGGUCAGAGGUUGAGUGGUUCUACGCACUCGGGUACAAGAUCCAACACCGCCCACGUGCGACGGUGUGCGAUGCACGUGCCUUUAAGGAAGAGCUUGUCGAGGGUGCUCCUCCUCCAGAUUUGCACACGCGAAAUGGGUGGCAGAACAUAUGCUGGGGCUACUUUGAUGAAUCGAAUGGAAAUUAUGGCAAAAAAUGGCGCCGGGUUGAGUUAGCAAAGAUGGAGUUGUACGAGGAAGGAGUUAUGGACGUGUACGAAACCUUGUUCGGAGAGCUGGAAAGGCCCGCUGAAACCGACUCAGAGGCCAUGCUUGCAUACCGACGAUCACUCGUAAGGGGCAUACGCCUGCUCCUCGCCGCUGCCGGGAUUUCAUAUGAGGUUGCAUGUACUGAUGAGGAAAAUGACAAACGGCCGCCCCUUUUGAUGCUUGAAGGGCAUCGCGACACCUGGGUCGGUCGGGGAAUACGCAAUGCAUGCGGCAUCCGACUCGCCAGAGACGCAGAAGAAGAGCGGGAAGGCGCCCAGGAACGUCGAAAGGAGGCGAAGGGAUCCAACAACUCAUAUGAUGACUUCGAACACGACGAACAUCACCGCUCUGAGGAUGACGACUCUGACUACGGCUUCUGA